CAAUAGAAAAACACGUGAAGGCAGAGCAGAAAGAGAAAGAAGCUAAGGCGAGAGGCGAGAGGCGAGAGGCGAAGGCAAGGCAGCUCUCUCUCCCAUUUCAUUCAUCUUGAUUGCUCGGGAACUGGGAUUAGAGCUCUCUGUUGCUCUGAAAUCCACACCCUUCAUCUCCACCAUGAUUUCCACCGGCAAGAUCAAGUCCGUCGAUUUCUACAGGAAAAUUCCAAGAGAUUUGACUGAAGCAUCAUUAUCGGGUGCAGGAUUAUCUAUAAUAGCAGCUCUUGCCAUGAUGUUUUUAUUUGGAAUGGAACUGAAUAGUUAUUUAGCCUUCAGCACCUCUACAUCUGUUAUUGUUGACAAGAGUUCUGAUGGGGACUUCUUACGUAUUGGAUUUAAUAUAAGUUUUCCUGCACUCUCAUGUGAAUUUGCAUCCGUUGACGUGAGUGAUGUGUUGGGAACAAACAGAUUGAAUAUAACGAAAACAAUUCGCAAGUUCUCUAUAGGUCCAGAUUUAAAACCCACCGGCUCUGAGUUCCACUCAGGACCCGCUUUACAUGACAUUAAGCAUGGGGAUGGUGAUGAAUAUGCUGGUGAUGGCUCUGUUUCACUAACCGCUCGAACUUUUGAAAAGUUUACUCACCAGCAUCCAAUUUUGGUUGUUAAUUUUUAUGCUCCUUGGUGCUACUGGAGCAAUCGCCUGAAACCUUCAUGGGAGAAGGCCGCCAAAAUAAUAAGAGAAAGAUAUGAUCCAGAAAUAGAUGGGCGUAUUCUUUUGGCGAAAGUAGAUUGUACUGAAGAAGGUGACUUGUGUAAGAGGAAUCACAUUCAAGGAUAUCCAUCAAUUCGUAUCUUUCGUAAAGGAAGUGAUGUGAGGGAUGACCAUGGACACCAUGAUCAUGAAUCUUAUUAUGGAGAUCGAGAUACAGAUAGUCUGGUUAAGACAAUGGAGACUUUGGUGGCACCUAUCCCUGUUGAGGCUCAAAAACUUGCUUUGGAGGGUAAAUCUGACAAUGGGACUGACAAUGCAAAAAGACCAGCACCACUGACAGGAGGGUGUAGAAUUGAAGGCUAUGUGCGUGUGAAGAAGGUUCCAGGAAACCUUGUCAUUUCUGCUCAUUCAGGAGCCCAUUCCUUCGAUGCUUCUCAAAUGAACAUGUCACACGUCAUAUCACAUUUUUCAUUCGGUAGGAUGAUUACUCCUAAGGUGAUGAGUGAUGUCAAGCGAUUGGUACCUUAUCUUGGUGGAAGCCAUGACAGGUUGAAUGGUCGGUCUUUCAUAAAUCAUCGUGAUCUAGGUGCUAAUGUUACAAUAGAGCAUUACCUUCAAAUAGUUAAAAGCGAAGUUAUAACAGGAAGAAAUCAUAAAUUAAUUGAGGAAUAUGAGUACACAGCCCACAGUAGCUUGGUGCAAAGUCUUCAAGUACCGGUUGCAAAAUUCCAUUUCGAGCUCUCUCCCAUGCAGGUGUUAAUAACAGAAAAUCGGAAAUCCUUCUCACAUUUUAUCACGAACGUGUGCGCUAUAAUUGGAGGUGUUUUCACGGUAGCAGGAAUAGUGGAUUCAAUUCUGCACAACACUAUUAGAAUGAUGAGAAAGGUUGAACUAGGCAAAAAUUUUUGAUGGAUAGGUGAAAUUUCGUUAGUGUACAAUGAAUUGUUUAUUUGCAACACCUAAUUUAGUGAGGAUUGUUUUGUUAACGAUGACAUAUUCCUUUUAGAACAAAAGUAGAAAAAUGCAAUGAGAAGUGCCACAUUUUCCAGUUA